AGAGGAGGCCAUCGAGGAUCUAAAGGUAUCAGACACCCAGAAUGGAGCUGCUCAGCCCCUCCAAGGGGAAGGAUCGCCCUCAGAACGUCACAGAGAAGGUCACGCAGGUGUUUUCGUUGGAGUCUGAUGUACUUCCUGAAUAUAAACUCCAGGCACCGGAGACGACAUGGUGGAUCUUGCUUCACUAUAGCCCCUUCAAGGCGUUUUGGGACUGGAUUAUUCUCCUCCUGGUCCUUUACACAGCUGUUUUCACUCCUUACUCUGCUGCAUUCCUUUUGUAUGAACAUGGAGAUUUAAGGCAAAGAAGAUGUGGCUACACAUGCAACCCUUUAAAUAUUGUGGACCUCAUGGUGGAUGUGCUGUUUAUCGUGGACAUAGUCAUCAAUUUUCGCACCACGUACGUCGACCAAAAUGACGUGGUGGUCACUCAGCCGAGCCGGAUAGCCAAACAUUAUAUGAAAGGCUGGUUUUUAAUUGAUCUGUUUGCAGCUAUUCCCUUUGACCUUGUCAUUUUUAGAUCUGGAUCCGAUGAGAUGGCAACCUUAACAAGCCUACUUAAAACAGCUCGGCUGUUGAGACUGGUCCGUGUGGCAAGAAAGCUGGACCGAUAUUCUGAAUAUGGAGCUGCAGUCCUCUUCUUGCUCAUGUGUACGUUUGUUCUCAUCGCUCAUUGGCUCGCCUGCAUUUGGUAUGCCAUUGGCUUUGUGGAGAGGCCGUACACCGAGACUGGUUGGCUGGACAACCUGGCUGAACAACUAGGAAAGGCCUACAAUGACAGUGAUUCCACCUCUGGUCCAUCAGUCAAAGACAAAUAUGUCACCGCUCUCUACUUCACUUUGAGCAGUUUGACAAGUGUGGGGUUUGGUAACGUCUCUCCAAACACUAACUCUGAGAAGAUCUUCUCCAUCUGCGUCAUGGUCAUUGGAUGUGAGUUGAGUAAAACUAUUUGGAAAUGUUUGAACAUUUUUUGGGGGGUGGGAAAAUAA